AUGGGCAUCGUCAAAUUAAUCUCAGCGUUUCGACGAUGCAAGGAAUUUAAAGAUGACAAUUCAACUCCACUGGCGCGUUGUCUCGGCCUGAUAGACCUUACAGGAUUAGGUAUAGGCAGCACCCUUGGGUUAGGAGUGUAUGUUCUGGCAGGAGCUGUAGCGAAGACUGUGGCAGGGCCUGCUGUCACCAUCAGUUUCCUGGUAGCUGCUAUAGCCUCAGCGUUCGCUGGACUCUGCUACGCGGAAUUCGCCGCUCGCGUCCCAAAAGCCGGUUCAGCGUAUGUCUACAGCUACAUCAGUGUAGGCGAGUUCAUCGCCUUUACCAUCGGUUGGAACCUUAUCUUGGAGUACGUGAUAGGCACUGCCAGCGUCGCCAAAGGCAUGGCUUUGUAUAUAGACAGUCUGUGCAAUAAAACUAUGGAAAACAAGAUGAAGGAAGUCGCGCCGAUCAGCGUUUCAUUUCUUGCUGAAUACCCAGACUUCUUUGCUUUUGGACUUGUGGCUGUUAUUACGGUGUUGCUGGGUAUUGGUGUGAAAGAGUCCACGAAGCUAAACAACGUGUUUACAGCGCUCAACCUCAUGACUGUCAUUGUUGUGGUCGUGACUGGAGCUAUUUACAGCAAUACUGCUAACUGGAGAAUCGAUCCGGCCGACAUUCCUGACGAAUACAAAGCUGUUGCCGGUAACGGUGGAUUCGCACCGUUUGGCAUGGCUGGUAUAAUGGCUGGCGCUGCUAAAUGCUUCUUCGGUUUCGUUGGGUUCGACUGUGUGGCGACUACAGGAGAGGAAGCCAAGAACCCAAAGCGGGAUAUCCCCCUGUCCAUUAUUCUGUCACUAGUGGUCGUCUUCCUCUCUUACUUCAGUGUUGCGACGGUCUUGACCAUGAUGCUGCCGUAUUAUUUGCAGGACGCCAAAGCUCCCUUUCCGUACGUGUUCACCGUGGUCGACCUUCCCGCUAUCAAAUGGAUUGUUACCAUUGGCGCGAUAUUCGCUCUCUGCACCUCCAUGCUGGGCGCCAUGUUUCCUCUCCCAAGAGUGCUCUAUGCCAUGGGUAGUGACGGAGUACUCUUCAGGCCACUUUCAAUUAUCCAUGCGAAAACUAAAACGCCGUUGCUGGCAACAGCACUCAGCGGCCUUUUAGCAGCAAGUAUGGCGACAAUAUUCGACCUGGAUCAGCUGAUAGACAUGAUGUCUAUUGGUACCCUCCUCGCGUACACUAUUGUUGCUAUCAGCGUGCUCAUACUCAGAUACGAAGAACAGCAGGACCUCCAAUUACAAGGCACUAAACCAGCUCCAGAAACACCGUACGAAGUAGGCAAACAACUGUUCAAUCUGCUCGGCAUCAAAUACCCAUCACAACUGUCAUCUAGUAUCGCUAAAGUUACCAUGUUAAUCGUUUUCGGCUUGGCCUUGGUGACGUGCAUUCUUCUCCGCUGCGAGACGGGGAGCGUCGCCCUCGGCGUGCUCGGCGCGGCGCUGCUCGUGCUGCUGGUCGUGUUGUACCGACAGCCGAGGAAUGACGUCUCUGGGCUUUCCUUCGCGGUGCCACUAGUUCCAUUGGUCCCUUAUCUAAGUAUGUGUAUGAAUAUAUACCUGAUGGUCCAGCUCGACUACCAGACCUGGGUGCGAUUCAUCAUCUGGCUUGUUAUUGGCUACCUGAUAUAUUUCUUCUACGGAUUGAAACAUAGCUCACUGAACGAGAAGAACAUUCCAAAAUUAAACGGCAACGGAAUGAAUGGAGUGAACGGUGUCAAAGAUGAGAAGCGUACCGUCACUACAAAGUUUUAG